AAACAAAUCACUUUUUUUAAUUCUCUUACUCUUUCCUAAAGACCGCAAACCAAACGCUCCUUUAUUAUACUACUUACCAUCACCCCAUUUCCCCCCUCCAUUGAAGCGUACUCAAAAUUGUUAAAGCAGCUUAUGAGCUUUUUCUCGCCAUUAAAGCAGCUUCCAAGUUUGAAAAAUGGAACAGAGACUAGCUAAUACUUGGCACAUGUCUAUAAAUGAGAAGAAGUUUAUAGAGACUGCAUUGCUUUCGGAUCUUAGAACUGAUGGAAGGCGCCCUUUUGACUACCGCGAAUUAACAAUUAAGUUCGGUAGGAAAGACGGAUCAACUGAGGUACAGCUUGGCCAGACUCAUGUCAUGAGCUUUGUCACUGCUCAGCUAGUUCAACCUUAUAGAGACAGGCCAAAUGAAGGAUCACUUAAUAUAUACACAGAGUUUUCACCCAUGGCUGACCCGUCAUUUGAGGCUGGUCGCCCUGGAGAGUCAGCGAUAGAGUUGGGACGCAUAAUAGACCGUGGUCUGAGGGAGAGCAGGGCAGUUGAUACUGAAUCACUUUGUGUUCUAGCUGGCAAGUUAGUAUGGUCUGUCCGUCUUGAUCUUCACAUUCUUGAUAAUGGAGGAAAUCUUCUCGAUGCUGCAAAUGUUGCUGCUUUGGCAUCUCUGAUGACAUUUCGACGGCCUGUAUGUACGCUUGGAGGAGAAGAUGGUCAGGAAGUAGUUGUACAUCCACCAGAGGUGCAGGAACCACUUCCAUUGAUAGUUCACCAUCUUCCUAUAGCUGUGACAUUUGGAUUUAUGACCGAAAACAUUUUGGUGGUAGAUCCUACUUAUUACGAAGAGGCCGUUAUGAAAGGAAAAUUGACAGCUACAAUUAAUGCAAGUGAAGAUGUCUGUGCCAUUCAAAAGGCUGGAGAAAUUGGUGUCGCCCCAAGUGUUGUUAUGCAGUGCUUGCGAAUUGCUGCUGCGAAAGCUGCUGAUUUGACCAGCAAGAUUGAAAAUGCGGUCAAAUUGUUCAACACUGAUCGAGAACAGCAAAGUGUGAAGCGCCUAUCUUCUGCGGCGUUAUUGAAUAUUAGUACACCAAAUUUAAGUACUAUCAAUGACAACAGCCAUUCUAUUUGUGAACAAACCACUGUAUUACAGCAAAUGCGGAAGUCAGCAUGUCAAGAACGUUAUGCUAGUGAAAGCAAUGUUAUGAAAACUGAAGAACCUUCAUGUAGAGAAGAGGUAGAUGCAACUACUGAAGCUAAGAGGCUCAUGAAGGGUCCUUCUUGUUGGGAUCCCUUUUCCAGAGGCGUGGAUUCGAAACAUCUGAAAGCUUCUCUUGUGUCUUGUGGUAAACUAAUGGAGAAAAAGGAGAACGAACAAAUCGUUGAAGGCAAGCUGUUGGACUCGAAUUUCAACCCCGCUGAGAUACUGGAGCAAAGGAAUCCAAUAGCAUUGGCUGCAAUAGCUACUGAUGAGAUAUCAAAUCCUUGUGAGAUUAAGACCCUACAAGAUGCUGUAAAACCAAAAUCCAAGAGAAAGAAGUUUCUGCUUCGAACACAAAUUAGUUGGGCCUGUAGCAACUACUCUUCCUCCAGGGUGCUUUUGUUUUUAAAAAAAUAAAAUUAUUAUUUUACC